GUUCCCGCCCACGACAAGAUGGCGGCGCCCAUAGCGGGGGGGCCCCGCUUGGGCCUCGGCUGAGGGCUGCGGCCGGGCCCGGCCCCGCCAUGGAGCUGGUGCUGCUGCUGCUGCGCGGCCUGCGCCUGGCGCUGGACCUGCUGCUCCUCCUGCUCGAUCUCAACUUCUUCCUGGUGUCCUCGCUGGUGACCGCGCUGCUCUGGCUCCUCACCACCGCCGCCAGCCUCCCCGGUGCUGCCACAGCCGGGAUGUGGGCCUGCUGGAACGGGCUGCUGGGCGGGCUGUGCGGCCUGGCCGAGGCGGCCUGCGGGCUGGCGUUGGGGGCCGUGCAGGGGCUGGGCGGCCUGCUGAGGGGCUGCUGCUCCGCCCUGGAGGGCCUGAAGGUGCUGGGCCACCUGCUGACCCACCUGGGGCUGCGGGGCAGGGAGCUGCUGCAGCGCGGGCUCUGCAGCCUGCUGGGCUCGGGGCAGGCCUUGCUGAGGGAGGCGGGCGAGGGGCUGGCCAUCGGGGUGAGUCUGCUGGCCUACCUGGUGAACAGCAUGGUUAAUUUGUGCCUGCUGGGCACGCAGAACUUCUUCACCCUGCUGCUGGCCCUCUGGGAUUCGGUGGUCAGCCCGGUGCUGCGUGUUGCCGACCUGCUGGCCGCCUUCCUGGCACACGUCUCCAGCAGUGCCAUUGCUGUCUCCAUCCUGCUCUGGUCGCCCUGCCAGCUGGCCUUCGAGCUGCUGGUCUCCACCGCCGAGCUGCUCAUUGGCAUCUUCUUUGUCAACGUGUAUGGGCUGGCUUUGCUCCUUGCCAUCAUUGUCGUCAGCGCUGUCAUCUUCAACCCCGGGCUGCUCCUCACGCUUCUGGGCCAUGUGCUGGGCUACUUUCACACGCUGCCUGCAUAUCCCCGCCUGCAGCAAGAGGUGUGGAGGCUUUACCAGAUGGCCGUGCUGAUGCUGGGCAUGGCCAUGACCUCACAGACCUGGCGCAGGUUGGUGGACUGGAGCUUGCAGGUGACCAACUGGAGCCGAGGGGGCAGAACGAUGAACCAGGAGAGCGAGCGGCGAGGGGCAGCCCAGGCCCUGGGCAGGCUGAUGCUGGCAGGGGACGACCAUGCUGCAGCUCAGCAGGAGGAGCAGCCACGUGCAGAGCAGGUCCCGCAGGCACAUCCAGGGACAAGUCGAAGCACUGUGUCUGGGCAGCGUCUCCAGGCAUCCAGGGAUGAGCCGAGCACCUCCUGGGGGAAAGCUCCAAGGAGAGAGCAGCUGAACGCAGCAGCUGGGGAUGGAGAAGGCGCUCCAGACGACGACCCCUGGAUGCUUCUGAAAGAACAAGAGGAACGUAAGAAAUGCGUCAUCUGUCAAGAUCAAACCAAGACAGUGCUGCUUCUGCCCUGCAGGCACCUGUGCCUGUGCCAGGAGUGCACAGAAGUCCUCCUGCAGCAGGCUAUCUACCAACGCAACUGCCCGCUGUGCCGCCAGAUGAUCCUCCAGACGCUCAACGUGUACCUGUGAACUGUGGGGUGGGUGGUUUGGGUUGUCUUUCCAGGUGAUUGAAGACACCUCUGCCUCAUGCUGGAACACAGGAUGGCUCUUCCCAAGGCUGCCCUGAGUUAUUUCCAAAGAACUAAGGACCAAGAGGCUGUCAGAGGUGUCUUUGAGCCAUGUUCAGUGCACAACUAGGCUGUAGAUCCUGCUAGCAGGCACAGUAGAAGCAGCAGGCUGAAAGGUUGGUUGUUUUUGUUGUUGUUGUAUUUGACAACUUCUGUUUCAAGGCUUGUUGCCUUGAGCCUGUGAUUUGAAACAAAGCACAGAGGGAUGCUCUGGUUCCUCCUAGCCAAAGCUGAUGAAAGGAUAAAAGCUGUGCCAUCUUGGAAAUUACUGGAACUGGUGCAAGGCAAAGGAGUGUUUUUCUACCAAGGCUUGGCCAAAAAUCUACCUGGUGGACUGCAUUUGCACUCUUUUUUCCUCCUUCCAUUUAAGUGGGGCAGCUCCCAGGGAAGGGAUUCGCAUAGCCCUUUUGCAGGCUCUAGCAAAGCACACUUGAGCUUUUUAGGCUUUUCUACCAAAGGGCUGAGCACAGCUCUCAGCUGGAGGACAGCAGGGUUUCUGAGGCUCCUUAACAUCCCAGCCAUUAUGGCUUUGGAGUCUGAAUUUUCCCUUGCCUGUAGGAGCCACGAUGAGCAUGAUCUCCCUGCAGGACAGCUGACUGCAGAGCUCAGUGCUGCUGCUGCUUCCACACCUAUGCAAGACCAGCAAGCACAUACUGUGUUACUUGCAUGGAGGGGCUUGAAGGGAGUUUGUUACCUGUUGCCUGGGAAACCUGAGCAGCCCUCAGGCUCCCUAAGGCUGGAGAGCAUUUGCCACUUCCCAGGCAGGGCUGGCAGGAAGGGGUGGCUCUUUGGGAGUCAAGGGGACACCCCAAUCCUCCUUGAAGCCCACUGAGACAUUCCAGCUCCAGGCACAAGUGUAAUGGACCUGCAGACUUGUGCACGGAGCAGUACCAGGACCACAGCUAUGUUUGUUUAGGGCAGGGUUACACUUUUUUUUUUGUCUGCGAUGUGAAAUACAGUUUGUUUAAUGUAAGUGUCCCACGAAGUCUGAGGAGGCCAUCCGUUCCUAGCCAGGGAGGGCUGAAGUGCCUCAUCCCAGCACUAUUCCAAGAAACUGCUGGGCUGCAAGAGAGCCACGCGCUAAAAAGCUUUCCCUUUUUCAGCUGCUUGUCUGGGGUCAGCCAUGCAUCAAAGCCAAUUUUGGCUGGAGCCAGAUUGGAAGGAGCCUUGACUCCUCGACUGCAAGCCAAGAGCCUGGGGGCGGCUGGCGUGGCUUUCUCCAUUCUCCUGCUAACAAAUAAUUGAUUAGUAAUUUAAGCCAAAACAGAGGCAGCAGAGAGGCGAGGCCAUGCUGGGAGACAACUCUGCCCUGCAAACUUGUGCUGUGUCGAGGUGUGAUGGUGUGUGAGAGCAGCUCUGCAGGGACUGCUGUGUGCUGGAGUCUCUUCAUCCUCACCUCCAAGCCACUUCUCCUGCAGCUCAGAUGGACUCACCCCUGGUUGGGGCCAGCUAGCGAUCUUGGGGUGCAACGUUUUCCAAUCUUGGGGAGGAAGGACACCUUCUCCAGACUGCAAUUUCUCCCUACAAAUCUUUUUUUUUUUAAUUAUUAUUAUAGCAGUCACUGUUUUAGGAGCCCAUUUGUUUUUUGCCUGUUUAUAAAAAAAAGAGAGAAAGCUUUGCCUUAAGUUUAACUCUUUGCACUACAAACAAGCAAAUUAAAGUUUCCUCUACCAGAA